AUGUGGGUUCACUGGGUGUCUUUGUAUUUUCCUGGAUAUGACAGUGUUGGAGCACCACCAGACAAAGCCAUAAUAAGGCACUACCGCGAUCUCGUUGAUGACGACUGGGGAAAGACUUGGAUACAUGAAGUAGAAGGAUUUGGCAAUUUCACAAUGACAGACUAUCCGGAUAACUUGAUGGAGAAACUGUUUAACAAUGUCAAAAAACGGCUAGACAGAGUAUACCGCGUUUUAAAACCCGCCAUUUGA